AGGAAAGCCUCUCCAACGCGGCACUCCUGGCACACCCAGAUUGUCAGGCUAAGCUGUCGUUGGUUACAGACGCAUCAGAUAUGGCUAUAGGGGCUGUUUUGCAACAGCUGAAAAAUGACACGUGGGAGCCUCUAGGCUUUUUCUCCCGUAAGCUGAGUCCAUCGCAGAACAAGUACUCCCCGUAUGAUCGCGAACUUCUUGCAAUCUACGAGGCAAUCAAGUACUUUCGACAUAUGCUUGAAGCGAGACACUUCACUAUUUACACCGAUCAUAAGCCAAUCAGUUUUGCCUUCCACGAAAGAAAACAGAAUUGUUCGCCCAGGCAAUUUCGCCACUUGGACUUUAUAUCCCAGUUCACGACGGAUAUAAGGCACAUCUCCGGCAAAAAUAACGUUGUGGCCGACACCUUAUCUCGCGUCGAUGAACUGGAGGCUCCAAUUUGUCUCGCCGACCUCGCCAACGCUCAAAACUGCGAUCCCGAACUGGCUCAAUAUUUAACGGACAGCUUAUCUCUACGUCUCACAAAGAUGGAUUAUCCUGGAUGCCGUUAUCCUUUGUACUGUGAUAUCAGUACACCGACACCCAGGCCAUUCAUCACAAAGGAUUACCGCAAACAGGUAUUCCAAAGUCUCCACUCGCUAAGUCACCCCGGCGCUUCCGCGACUGCCAAGUUGGUAGCCGAUCGAUUUGUUUGGCCUGGGGUCCGAAAAGACUGUAGAAACUGGGCUAGGUCAUGUUUAUCAUGCCAACGCGCGAAGGUUAGUCGACACGUGUCUGCACCAUUGGGCACUUUCGACGCACCAACUGCACGUUUCAGGUAUGUCCACAUAGACCUGAUAGGCCCACUCCCGGUAUCACAGGGAUACAGGUAUUGUCUCACGGCUAUAGACCGGUUCACUCGAUGGCCGGAAGUCAUGCCCAUACCUGACAUUACCGCAGAAACGGUGGCUAAGGCACUGAUUUCAGGCUGGAUAUCCCGAUUCGGUUGCCCGACAGAUAUUGUUACAGACCGCGGCCGUCAAUUCGAGUCCGCGCUGUUUCAGUAUCUGGCAAAAACGACUGGAUUCCAGCAUAAACGCACAACUGCCUACCAUCCCGCGUGUAACGGUCUUGUGGAACGUUUCCACAGGCAGCUAAAAGCUUCCAUCGUAUGCCACGCUAACGGCAAUUGGUCAGAAGUCCUACCUUUUGUACUACUUGGUAUCCGUAGCGCAUUCAAGGAGGACUUACAGACUUCAUCUGCUGAGUUGCUGUACGGCGAGCCGUUAAGACUGCCCGGCGAAUUUUUCGAGCCGAGCACAGCCUGUACUACUGAUUUAUCAGAUUUUACGGCUCGUCUACGCUCAUUUGCCGAGAAAUUAAAACCGGUUCCCGCCUCUCGCCAUAACAAAGAAAAGAUUUUUAUUUUCAAAGAGCUCAAGAACGCGGAGUACGUCUUCCUACGUGAAGAUGCUUCGCGUCCUCCUCUUACGCCAGCCUAUACUGGCCCUCAUAAAGUACUAGAACGACGUGACAAGACGUUCAAACUUCUGAUCAAAGGUAACUCUGUCACCGUCUCCAUAGACCGCUUAAAACCUGCAUAUUAUCUUACCGAUCAUGAAAACCUGCUAGGUGAUACACUUUCACCUGUCAUACCUGAACCCGAUGUUUCGGUAGCUCCACCACCUGACAGAACUGCACCUACAACUACACGUUCCGGUCGACAUGUCAGAUUCCCGGAUUUUUAUCGCCCCUAACCAGGUCUCUGGGGGGGAGUGAUGUGGGCCUAUCCCACAUUUCAUGCACACAGAUAUACUCUUCACAAUAUAAAACUUAUAUAAUAUAUUUAUUUUAUAUAAUUAUUAAUACACACAGAAUAUACAUUCACACAUAUAACAUAUCUAUUAAUAUAUGAUUACUACAUUACAUAUAAAACAGACAUACACACACGACAAUUUAUCGUACCGCGUUAAUCAGCUGGUCGCCCGUUCGUUUGCGCUGUGGACACGCGCGCUUGAACGGAAUGUCGCGGGUAGCUGGAAAAUAUACUCUUGCGCAGCUGAUCGCGGCUAGCCACGGCAGUCGAAACUUACCUCGUACUGAACGCACGUCGCUAUCGCUUAUUGAAUACUGUUUAUUGUUUUCGAAGCUUUUGCCUCAAUUUUGAUAACACGCUUUCUUUGUGUUUAUCGUAGUAGUAUUGUCGUAAAGUGUAAAGUGUCUUCUGUGUACUGUUUAUAAACUGAAUAUCUAUCUGUGCUCGUAACCUUCAAUUCUUCAUAAUUUUAAUAAUAUAGACUGUGUUGUAUUUUCGUGUGGACUAAGUAUAAUUGAAUAAACAUUUAAUUGGUGUGCAAGGUGUCGUAUUUAAUUUAUUAUUCGAACACCGACGGCGCCUACUCAGAUUACCAAAAGAUGUCGGACCCGGCUCCGUUGUCGAAGACGGCUAAAUACAAGAAAAUAACUAAACCAUUGCUGGAGCGGAAACGUCGGGCGCGCAUCAAUCGAUGCUUAGACGAACUCAAAGACCUAAUGGUCGGAGCGUUGGAGAUCGAUGACGACAACCUAAGCAAGCUGGAGAAGGCCGACAUCCUUGAACUAACCGUUAACCACCUCACAAAGUUGCACAGCCCGAAGGAUCCGGUUUUGGAAGCAAAGAAGUUUCAGGCGGGCUUCGGACAGUGUGCGGCCGAAGCAUGUCGCUUCAUAAUGUCCGUACCGGAUUUGGACGCGAACGUUAGCCAGAACUUGAUCAGCCAUUUGUCGAGAUUAAUCACGGCGCAACCCCUCACCAUUCAAGUACCGGAACGAGCUACUUUCUCUCCACCUACCUCACCGGUGUCCGUUGUCUCUGACCGACAUCACUACUAUAGCGAUCACGAGAGAUCAUCAUCGGACGCUGAGGAUUCUGUUUACUCUGUCGACGGCCCCAAGCAAUGGGCUUACGGCGGACAAAGCAGGGCACACAAAUCUGAAAACGGGCUGCUCACGACAGUUGACAAACUCGUCGUCUCACACCACGUUGUCUCCGAACAAAUGAACGGUUCGGUACACGGGCAAAAAAACACAUAUUUCAACAGAGUUCCGGCCGAGGCGAAGGAUAUUAUCCUACAAAAAAUACGACAGCACAUAAUGGACAAGCGCGGCAGUGACUACAGCGACACUAGUAGCAAUGCCGACUUAUCGGAACAGAAGUAUAUACACAGGGACGACGUGUACAGAGGCGACUACACGUGCCAAUACUCGCCCGCGAACGGGCUCAUUAGUAAUGAAACUUUGGAUCUCAGAAAAGUUAGGUCGCCGAAAAACGAGGCGGGCUCACCAAAGAAGCCGAUAACACGUCAAGCGGCCGGUCAGCCGGAAACAAUUCCGCCACCGGAGAGCAAAGUUGAAGUGACACUCGAUCUUCCGGAACGAUGCGAAUUGCCGAUGGAUUACAGCAAUUUGCCGCCUAAAAAGAAAAGGAAAUUAAUCGAGUACCAAGAGUACAAAAAGCAAGAAGCGGCAAGGCGGCGUCUUGAAGGUUUUUGUGGUGAGAAAAAAGAGCGUGAAGGCGAUGGACCACCGGCCGACGAAGAAGGCAACAAAUGGCGCCCUUGGUGAUAUGUUUUUACCGGCGCGUCACUCUUUCAUUGUGAUAUUGUAGUCUCUUCCAUGACAAAGCUUUAAUUCGUUUUAAUAAAUGUUAAUGCCUUAAUUAUAUAGGUUUGUAUAGGUUAUAAUCGAUUCUAGGUUAUUUAAACUAGUAAUGUAUGUGCCUUUUUAAAGCACUUGAAAAUUUAUUUAUGUGCCAUUUAUUGUGUUUGAUCUCGCUGUCUUCCUAUUAACGUUUUGUUGUCUUCCAUUAUUUUGGUAUGACUUACGUUUGUUAUUGAAAAACAUUUUGUUAAUAAACGAUAUCUUUCAAUGUGA